AUGGAUAGAUGGAGAAGAUCAAAACUCGUAUUGAUCUUUGCAAAAAUAUUAGGGGUCAUAUUUCCUCUCAAAAACAAAACUAGACUCGGGUAUUUUUUUAUAUCAAUUGCCAUUGGGCACUUGGUUGUUUAUCUGGCUGCCAAAGAUGUGCUUGUGUCAUGGUUGUAUCAUGAUGAUUAUUUGAACAUCACUGAUAUGGAAGACUUUGAGACAAAGUUACCCAUCUUUCAGGACUACUUGUAUAGGUCUUACGUUCCAUAUAGCAUUUUCAACUCUCUUUAUCCUAAUGAAACUAACGCGGAUAGUAAAACCCUGAGUGUGUCUCAGCAUCUCUACGAAAACUUAAAUCAAGAACAUGAUCCAAGGUUAAUUGUUUCUUUAUGGCUUAAUUCCUUGUAUCAGUCAUUGACCCAUAAUAAUAAGCUUAACUCCCAAUUUUCGUUGCCGUUCUCUUGGGCGUCUAUCCUUGACUUGAAAUCGAAUUUCCGUGUCCAAUAUUCAACUGAUUUGAGUAAUUUAGAUUGCAUUCAAUUUCUGGGGUUUGCUCAAAUUCCCUUAGUUAAUUAUACUAGACAUUGUCAAUCUUUGAAAUCCUCUCCAUCGGGAUAUCCCAAAGUAAAAUUCACGGGGCCCUUGAAUUAUUAUACUUCAAUCGAGGCCUAUAAAUUGGCAUCUGCCAGUUAUUUGCUUCAUUCGGCCCCAAUCCCGGACCGGUUGUGCUUGCUUGGUGUUGGUCCAAAUGGUAAUGCUGUCAACAUUCCCACUUAUAGGGCAAGACAUGACAACUCCUAUAAUAAAUAUGAUUUGAAAUCAAUGAUUUAUGAUUACUUACUGACUGUUCCGAAUGAAUCCAGUCAUGAAUUUUUAUAUAAGGGUAUGAAUAUCCAAGACCAGGUACAGUUUUUGAAGGAAUUUUGGUCUUCAACAGAUAUCGAGUCUUCAUACAUUCCUGAUCGCUUGAUCGAUGGUGAUGUGACUAGAAUUAUCGGGAGUACUAUGGGACAUUCGACAACUUUGCAGAAAUCGGAUUUCCAAUUUGACGCUGAAGAUUUUGUAAAUGAAUUGAAAAAUAAAGUUUCGAAAUCAAUUGAAAUAUUGACGCCGAACUCCCUUGAUCAUAGAUUGUUAAGAUCAAUAUAUCCAUUUGAUUCUAAUAGCGAACCCCCUAAGUACUUUCAUGAGGCAUCUAUAUUAGGAACUUCAAGAGGGGCACACUUUGAUUGGAGGUUUUUUCAAAAAAUUGAUUAUUCACAUUAUGAAACUCAAGCCAUCCUACAUCGAAUAUCCAGAGCAUGGUUAAGGUUUGCUUACAAUGUUGGUUUGAAUACUUGGUUGGCACAUGGAUCGCUUCUUGGUUGGUAUUGGAAUGGAUUAAAUAUGCCUUGGGAUCAGGAUCUCGAUGUCCAGAUUACUAUGGAAUCUUUGAUCACUCUUGCGAGAAACUAUAACCAAACUUUAGUGGUUGAUUUGACGUCUAACAAUAGAGAAAAUUUGGGCAUUGGCAAAUAUCUUAUUGAUGUCGGCUCUAGUAUUCAUUUGCGUGAAAAGGGUAAUGGCGAAAAUAUAAUAGAUGCAAGGUUUAUCGAUAUUGAAACCGGAUUUUACGUCGAUAUAACUGCAAUCGCUUUUACCCGGUCGGUUGAAAAAUUAUCAGUUAAACAUAAGUCAUCAAAUGAGUUAAAUCAGCUAUUAGAUCCGGAAUUUACAAAUAAAGAAAAUUCGAAUACAAUUGUUAAAGAAGAUCUUUAUAGUGAUUUAUAUAAACUGUUGACUUUAAUGUAUAAAGAUGAAAAUAUAUUCAAUUGCAAGAACGACCAUUUUUAUAACUUACAAGAUCUCAAUCCACUAAUUCCAACACUAUAUGAAGGAGUAAUAGCCUACGUUCCAAAUCGGUAUAAAGAGAUUUUGAAAAGAGAAUAUAGAAAAUCACUACUAAAUUAUGAAUAUGGAGGCUACACAUUCAGACCAAUGCUAGACAUUUGGGUCCCGAAUAAAAUCUGUUCAAAAGAUCGUAUUGGUGAUCGAUGUUUUGAUAAAGAAGUUUUAUUAGAAACAAAGUAUACUAGGGCCAUAACCAGCACGCAUCGCAAGGAAAUGGAUACACGCUAUAGAUCACCAAUCACUUAUACCCAACAAGAUGAACAUGAACCCCUCAGGGUAGAUCCUUGGAUCAUUAAGCGAAGUGAAAAAGUUGAAAAAUUCAUUAAAUCGUCAAUCUAUUAA